GGUGUAAAGGGCCAGGCACCCCCCUCCUCCUCCUCCUAAUCCCCUCCUCACUGUGUGAUCUCAGUUUUCCCUCUCCAUCCAUUACCAUGAGGGAUCGAGCUUAGGAUUCCACCCUUCCUUCGUUUCCCUGCUGCUAUUUCUUUCUUCAUUUUUCACGUCCCCUCCCGCAUCGUUUUUUGUGUUCUCCUUCCCACAUGAUCAGCAUCCUCGCCCCCUCCUGGACCAGCCACCCUGAGGUCUGUCAUCUGCUGAGGAUGAGCUUGUAACCAGCACAGGAGUCCCAGGAUCAAUCUUCUAUACUCAGCUUUUGUAUUGUUGUCCUGAAUAUCUAGGAUCCGCUAUGUGAGUUUACAGCAGAUGAGGAGACCCUAAACUGAAGGCUGGAACAGUAAUUUGGGGGGGACCCUACACCUAUCAUUACUCUCUGCUGGGAACUGGCCAUUGAUGCUGGACGAAGUAGGACUGAUCACUGGGUUGAUGUCUUAAAGGCAGCGCUUGAGACAUGAAGAGUUGGCAGUGUGCUGGUGUCUUCUUGCUGUCACUACUGCUGGAGUGCACUGAAGCCAAAAAACACUGCUGGUACUUUGAAGGAUUAUAUCCUACAUAUUACAUAUGCCGAGCAUAUGAGGACUGCUGUGGAUCAAGAUGUUGUGUACGUGCACUUUCUAUCCAGCGGCUAUGGUAUUUCUGGUUUCUGCUGAUGAUGGGAGUUCUGUUUUGCUGCGGAGCAGGGUUCUUCAUUAGAAGACGAAUGUAUCCACCAUUGCUUGUUGAAGAACCAACAUUUAAUGUUUCUUAUACAAGGCAAACACCUGGGCCUCCACCAGGACCUCAGCAGCCAGGAAUGCCAUAUUAUUCUGAUCCAGGCGGAAUCCCAGUCCCACCUUCAUUUCACAUGCAGCCAAACUCCCCUCAAGGAAAUCCAGCUUUCCCACCUCCCCCAUCCUACUUUAACACACCUCCACCCCCCUACGAGGAAGUGGUAAAAUCUUGUAAAUGAAGCAAUUUUGCACUUGGCAAUUUUUUCUUAUAUCUGACUUUUUACAACUUCACCAUGAGGAGGACUCUCCCUUGGCAUGACAAUUAAUCUCUUGGUAAAAAUCACUGGAAGAUUAGGUCUGGUCAGAGGGAGCAGCACUUGUUGGAAUAUGAUCGCAGUUAUGACAAUUUUUCUGAAUUACAGUUUAUGCUACUUUCUCCGCACUAGCAUGGGGUUUGAUGGCUAAAUGCACUCCUCCAUUGCUGAAAGGCAGUUUUUCGGUUUAUUUUUUUUUCUACACAUUCCUAGUAUGUAGCCCUUUCCUUGUAUCUAUGCUGGUGGUGUACAGUACAUGUUGUUGCCUAGUUUGCCUAUUAUUCUUGAAAGUGCUAGCAGAUUAUGCAGUAUCUACAAUAAAAGGCAUGCUUUUCAUUGAAACCAUGUUGGUUAAGUUGUGUUUUUCAUCAAAAUUGAAGGAUAAAAAGUUCUAAAGAAGUAAAACGUGACCAGAAUUGACUGCAGACAAUGGUUAUUUCUGCUGGAAACAAGUCAAAGACUGAUCCUUUAAAGGGGUACUCCACCCCUAGACAUCUUAUCCCCUAUCCAAAGGAUAGGGGAUAAGAUCUCUGAUCACAGGGGUCCCGCUGCUGGGGACCCCCGCAAUAUAGCAUGUAGCACCCACCGUAUCUGCUUCCGGAAGCGCUGGAGGUUCUGGCUCCCGACCACGGGGAUGGAAGAUUGUGACGUCACAACUCUGCCCCCGUGUGAUGUCAGGCCCCACCCCCUCAAUGCAAGUCUAUGGGAGGGGGCGUGAUGGCUGUCACGCCCCCUCCCAUAGACUUGCAUUGAGGGGACGGGGGGACAUAUUUAGUAAACUAGAGUUUUUACAAAAAUGAAGUUAAAUGGGGUAUUCCAGGUUUUAUUAACUUUUCCCUGCCUUGCCUGUGUGGCAUCACAGUCUAUGUCUUAGGUACAUUUGCCUGCCGUACAUCUGUGGGGUGGAUUCCCUGACAAACCAGCCUGAUGACGUAUGCGGAACAGCAGUGCAUGCCGUCGCACCGACUUUCAAUGUGUCCAUCGCUUUUUGCAGACUGCUCAAGUGACAGAAGGGGGCGUAUUAAAUGCUGGGGCGGCAGAAUGUAUAGCUGGACCGCACACAUCAUCAGGGGGCUGGCCUGUCAGGGAAGACAAUAAGAAGCCACGUUGUUGUCUCGAGCCCAGCAGGAUCCCGGGAAAGGCUCGAGACAACAGUUAUCCAGAGACCGGAGGAAUGCUGAAGCUGGAGAAACCAUGAAAUCACACAUGUAAGGUAAGUAAAUGUACUUAAGACAUAACUUGGCAUCAAGGGCCCGAUACUGAAAAGUUAACAAAAUCUGGAGUUCCUUAUACUUUAUUAUCCUCUCAUUUAUGUAACGGGGAAGCUUCUAUAGGGUAAGGUCAUACAUUGCUGCUUCAAACUGUUCCAGUGUGCGAUUGUUACUGCAAGUUGGUAAGUUUUUAAGUUUCUUAUUGAGGUCAGCAGUUUUUUCUGUAAAAACACAAGCAGCCAUGUAUACACAUUCUUAACUGAUUUGCUUAUACCCUUAAGGUAUAUUCUAAGAAAAUAAAGGAUGAAUCCCCCAUCAGCCACUAGGUGUGGUCUUAUUCUUAAGGUGUUACAGGGUUAAUCAGACCCAAUGCCCAUGCACAGCAGUACACUAUACAUGUUUAUUGAAGUUGCAGCUUCAGUUUUCUGAUACAGAGAACCCAAUCCUCUGCUUUCCUUCAUUAAACCAGAUCAUUGAUAACAUUAUUGCCAUCCCUAGUGUGAGCUUACAGAAAACAUUUUUUGUUGUUAUCAUUAACCUCAGUAAUAAAUCUAGUACCAGAAGAAAAUAAACACGGAAACUCAUCGCUCCACGAAGACAAGUACUUGGUUUAUUUCUAGUGUGUAGACAAACACAUGCGGCGGGAAGGAAAAGAUUACAGAUGCAGGGGCGUAAGAUCGGGACAGCACGGUUUUGUGCUAGCAAACACCUUCUCAAGCUGAGACACACCCCUCCCAUGUGUCUCCCCUGAGCCGCUUAAAAACAAUGAUAUACAAGGACAUAAAUAACACAUGCAAGUGAAAAAUAUAUACAAAUUAUCAUAGAAAUAGACUUAUAUAAUCAUUGAGGCCUGACGGCCCAAGGCAUUUAACUUAAGAAUCCAACAGGGUUUCUUUUUGCAAGAGAAUCUGGAGUCUGUCUGUCUCCUCGUAUCAAAGGUUUAACAGUUUCCAGUCCAGCAAACCUAAGACAACUACUGUCUCCCCUGUGGAAUUUCAUUAUGUGGGCAAGUCUGGGGGCUCAGAGACCUGUCACAAUGGACCGGAGGUGCUCUCUAAUAUGUACACAGGGGAAUCUUUUUGUUUUGCCCACAUAAAACAACACAGGGGCAGAUCAGUACGUACACUACAAAUGCAGUGCGGCAUGUGAUGAGCCGUAACAUCCUGCAACAUCAAGGAUGAAAUAACAGUCUGAGGCACCCAAGUGCUGGAACAAUGGAUUAUAUCGUUGGCAGAUCGUGAAAUGAGAUUGUUCUGGACUUGCAAUUCUUUAGAAUCUUAUAAAGAGAGUGACCAUGUUCCUUGCGGCCUCUGAGUGUACAAAGUUCCUUCACAGUUCCAGGACAACACGGAUUUCAUGAGUGCAUGGGAUGAUGCGCACAUGGUCUAAGCAAACAGGCUGUUACAGAUUGUGAUUACUAAGGACCACAAAGAAUAUGAGAAAGUGACAGAGGACCUCUGUAAAGCCAAGACGGAAUACAGAACCAGUAUCUGAAUCUGCUCCUCUGCAGUUCUAUAAAAAGCUAGAGAAGAAAAUGCUUAUUGCACAAACUAAGUUCAAGUAAAAAAAAAAAGAGGGACGAAUUUGUCAGGGACAAGUUUGUCUAUAAUCAUGGGCAAACCUUUACUUGGAACACUAGAAAGUCUUCUAAGGGUAAUUGUAGACAUUCUAAAAAUCGACGGGGCCCAAAGACUCCAUUUGAUUUUUGGACCAUGGACUCCGAUACAAGUCUGUCUGAUUAGACAGGAGGAAAGCAAGGAGGAGCUUGAGUAUAUAACCGCAAUGAGAAUUCUGUCCCUUCAGAAAGCGCACCAGAAGAGGGGGACGUAAGAAGAAAUGAUCAGUGGAGAGGCCCUUUCAGGAAACACAAGACAGUCUUGUGGAGACAGUAAUUGAAAAGAGUAAUGGUAUUAAUCUUACAGAGGUAACCCUUUCGGAGGACUGUGUAACAUAAUUAUCUAAAUGUCUGAACUUUGGACUAUAUGAAGCAUUCAAUCCAGUUAAAUUUAAGAUCAAUCUCUUUAAAAGGAUUAGAAAGAGGAGUCUGGGCAAGAAAUUUUAUAAGCUGGAGUUUAAGAGAUCUGAUCCAUCUAAAAAGGAAGGAUAAAAUCCUGCAAUAGUGGGACCUUUGGGUUUUAGUGCUAUUUGUGACAUCACUUAUGUGGAGAGGGAGAAUAUUGACAUACCCCUGUUGUUGAAGUACCUCCUUUUAGAGGAGGUGUGACAUCUAGGUUUACCCCUCCUGUUGCACCAAUCAGUUCUUUGGACUUUUUUGGUAAAACCAUUCUCAGAGAGGUUAGGUCCCUUAUUUGAGUCACCAGCUAACUUGACACAGAGGGAAUAAUCAGCUCUCAAGUGGCUAGUGUCCAGAAGGGACCUUAGAAUCAGUAAGGCUUAUAAAGGUGGAGUGACUGUAAUCAUGACAGCAGAAUAUUACACUCAGGAUGUACACAGGCAAUUAGGAGAUCAGCCAGUUUAUAAAUCCUUACCUUCCAAUUCCACCUUCCAUACUAUCAUUCAGCUCCACUACCUCCUUAGAAAAUACACUGUAGAUAUAUCUUGACAUAUCUAAGACAGCUGAAAGGUUACUCCCAGAAGUUCCUAUGUGGUACUGUUUUCCCAAGGUGCACAAGUAGCAGAGCUGACCUCAUACAUAGACUGGCUGUUGCACCCGCUACUCAGAUUGACUCCUACAUAUCUAUCUACAUAUCCUUCUCCGGUGCUUACACAUCUUUUCCCCUAUCCAAAGGAUAGGGGAUAAGAUGCCAUGAUCGCGGGAGUCCCGCCACUGGGGACCCCCGGGAUCAUGCACACGGCACCCCGUUUGUAAUCAGUGCCCGGAGCGUGUUCACUCCGGGACUGAUUACAGGCGACCACCGGGCCGGCGGCGUGUGACGUCACACUCCGCCCCUCAAUGCAAGGCUACGGGAGGGGGGUGAUCGCUGAUAGCUAAUAUCAAUGAGCUAUACAAGCUUAACUUUCUCCCGUUGUUGCACUGGCUCCAGAAUCAGUGUACAGAUUGGCUCAUGGCUUGGGAGAAUUGCCCUAUUUAAAAUGUCAUAACCAAUAAAGAUGCACUGUUAUUGGUUACCAUAGGCAACAUACAGUUUUUCUUUUAGGCAGUUUUCAUUAUUUCUGCUAUUAAUUUAUUUCCAAUUUGUAUAUUCUGCAUCAAAAUCCAUAGCAGAAAAUCUGCAAUAAAUGUGCACCAAAAUCAACAUGAUUUAGGGCAAAUUUUUCAUAGUAAAUUUUGGUGGAGAAAUGUUGUGGAUUUUCCAAAAUGGAAAAUACACAGCAUUCCCUCUAUAUGUGGCCAUGCCCUUAAAUUCUCUGAAUUUUCACAAUUGUAUACUCAUGCAAGCUGCAGUGUGAGUUUGAUGUACAAUUGUAACAGCCCUCCCAAUCCCCCACUUAUCACAUGUAAUUGCGUCCAUACCUUCACACUGUAUAGGAUCUGAAGUUCUUAUUUCUCCAAAAAGUGGAGGGCACUCACAGUCUACAUGUCUCAAAAGCACUUCUCCUCAGAGAAAGACUUGUUCAUGGUUCCAUUUUGAAUGGAGCCACAAUUGGUCUCCCAUAAAAGUGCAUGAACUCUCUAAUGUGCCUUUAUAUGCCUCCAAUUUCAUGUGAAGGCACACUGAGGUUUUUUAUCUUGAUGUGCAUCAUUGAGUUAUGUAUGUACAAAAGCAUUCUCUGAUAGAGAAAUUGCAUACAAUUGGGAUCACGCACGCAAGUCCAGGUUACUUAUCCAAUCACAUGUAUAAAGAGGGUCCAUAACCAGUUUAUAUGUUCUCAACUGUAAAUUAAUUCCAAAUAUAUGGUUUUACCAAGAAUUGGGAUUAGUGUUUAAUAUAUGAAGCCCAUGUGAAAUGGAAUGUGAUCUAGGAUGACAUAAUAUACAUUGUGAGUUGACAAUUUUCUGUGUAAAGAUACUCAAAAACAUAAGUUUAGUACAGCAAAAACUACAUUUCCACAGAUAAUAAAAGCCUAUAGGGAAACAGUUCUUUUUAUCAUUAUUUUGAGAUAAUUUCACUCCAUCCAACAUGUUGUACAAAACUGUGCCUUUAAAGGGAAUCUGUCAGCUCUAGAUUAUGCUCAGAGCUGAAGUGUCAAAGAGACUAUGCUAAAUUGCAAGAUGCACACCUUCUCUCUCUCUUUCACCCCUCCCUGCUCUACAUGACUGAUGUACAGGCUUCAGAGAUGGAAGCAGAGCCCUGAAGAUCAAUAAAUCAAGGUAGGGAGGAGUGGGAAAGGGAAGAUACUUGCAUCUUGCAAGUUCGAACAGCCUCCUUGAAACUUAACCUUUAAGCAUAAUUUAGACCGGACAGAUUCCUGUUAAGAGUCUGAUCUUACAUAAGGUCCAAAGCUUUAAGACUCCAAAAGUUUAGAGGCUCUUCAAAGUAUGUGGCCCAUUGGUCAAUUCCUUUUAGGCUGUGUGUGCAUUAGCAUUACUUUAUUACUACAUGUUGUACCUCAACUGUAUGAUUCUUUAAAAAAGGGGGAGGCAAAAUAUCUCCAAUGUGAAGAGUAGAUUUUGUAGAUCAUGUUCACAGCAGGUAGUACUGUUAUGUGGUUUUAACCUGUAUUCUAUUUUCCUCUCAUUAAAAGCUUUUACACUGUA